GGAAGUUACUCUAGGUAAAUUAACAGUGUUCAAGGUGCUUCAAUUUACUGCUAUCUAGGCUAGACUAAAAGAUCUGAUCUAGAUUUCUAGAUCUACUAGGACUAUCUAGAUUCUAUAAGAUUUAUCGGAUGUUGACAUGUUGAAAGGGGUGUUUGCUCGUAAAUUGUCAGCUCAGACUCGAUGUCUAGUCCGUGCUUUUCAUUUAGAAGAAGCUGCACCCACAAUAGGAACUCAACAAGAUGUAAACUCAACAGACUAUCAGGAGAAAUGUUCACGUAUGCAAGCUUUGGUGCUAGAGCUAAAGAAAAAUGUUUCACACAUAAUUCAAGGAGGAGGUGAAAAAGCAAAGGAAAGGCAUACCUCCAGAGGAAAGUUAUUACCAAGAGAUAGAAUCAAUACUUUAUUAGACCCACAAUCUCCCUUCCUAGAGUUUAGCCAGUUAGCCGGUUAUGAACUGUAUGGAGAAGACCAUGUUCCAGCUGGAGGUAUUAUUACUGGCAUUGGGCGUGUCUCUGGAGUGGAAUGUAUUAUCACGGCUAAUGACCCGACAGUUAAGGGAGGCACCUACUAUCCAGUCACUGUUAAAAAACAUCUCCGAGCUCAGGAAAUAGCAAUGCAGAAUCAUCUCCCCUGCAUAUAUUUAGUCGACUCAGGUGGAGCUAAUCUCCCAAGACAAGACAAUGUCUUCCCAGACCGGGACCACUUUGGACGCAUUUUUUAUAACCAGGCUAAUAUGUCUGCGAAAGGAAUUCCUCAGGUAGCUGUGGUGCUGGGCAGCUGUACAGCCGGGGGUGCUUACACUCCAGCUAUGGCAGAUGAAAGUAUCAUUGUCAAAAAGCAGGGGACUAUAUUUUUAGGAGGCCCACCGUUGGUCAAGGCAGCUACUGGGGAAGAAGUUUCAGCAGAAGACCUAGGUGGGGCUGACUUACAUUGUAGUGAGUCUGGUGUGACUGAUCAUUACGCCCAGGAUGAAGUUCAUGCCUUACAUAUAGCCAGAAGGGUGGUCAAGAAUCUAAACUAUAGAAAAGACCCUGGGGUCACCAUAACCAAGCCGGUAGAGCCACUGUUCCCUGCUCAUGAAAUCUAUGGCAUUGUUGGUGACAACUUAAAGAAAACAUUUGAUGUGCGAGAGGUGAUUGCUAGAAUUGUAGAUGGCAGCGUUUUUGAUGAGUUUAAAACUAAAUAUGGAGAAACAUUAGUCACAGGUUUUGCAAGGCUUUGGGGCUAUCCAGUUGGUAUAAUAGGCAACAAUGGUGUGCUUUUCUCUGAAUCUGCUUUAAAAGGAACACACUUCAUUGAGCUCUGUUGUCAGAGAAACAUCCCUCUUAUCUUCUUACAAAACAUUACAGGUUUCAUGGUUGGUCGGGAAGCAGAAGCUGGUGGUAUAGCUAAGCAUGGGGCCAAGAUGGUGACAGCCGUGUCCUGUGCCAAGGUGCCGAAAAUAACAGUCAUCAUCGGAGGCUCUUAUGGCGCAGGCAACUAUGGCAUGUGUGGACGAUCUUACUCACCAAACUUUUUAUACAUGUGGCCAAACGCAAGGAUUUCUGUGAUGGGAGGAGAACAAGCGGCAAAUGUCAUGGCACAGAUCAGCCGUGAACAGAGACAAAGAGAAGGAAAGCCUUGGACUGACGAAAUGGAAGCCAAACUGAAAGCUCCAAUCCUUGCAAAGUAUGAGCAAGAAGGAAGUCCUUACUAUGCCAGUGCCAGGCUGUGGGAUGAUGGCAUUAUUGAUCCAGUGGACACCAGAAGUGUGCUGGGCCUGUCCCUGAGUGCAGCACUCAACAAGCCCACAGAGAGAACCAACUUUGGUGUCUUUAGGAUGUAAAGUGCAAUGACCCUGGUGCCAAUGUCAUGACAAAACUCACUUUGUUGACCUGGACUUUUGUUGUAGAUUUUUUUUUUAACAGCCUUUAAAUUGUUAAUGUUAACAGACACACUUUGACUGACUUGUACGAUUCUUUUGUUGAUGUUAAUCUGACAACACUGUUAUGUGUUUGUGAGUUAGAUAUUAUUGUGAACAUACCUCUGUAUACCUGUUUUGGAGUAGCUGAAGGUCAGAAGUGUUUAAAGCCAGUUUUGUCUUUUUAACUCAAUAAUGAGUUAUGUUCUAUAAAAGCUCCCUUAUAAAUUCAUGGGGGGCAUCUUGGUUGAGUGGUUACAGAACUUGGCUGCUCAACCAAAUGUUCAGAGUUCCUAUUUUGAAUAAUAGAGUCUUCAAUCCAAAUGUUAAGUCUUCUCAGUAUUAUUUGAUACUUUGCAUAUCUCGUGAAGAGUAAAGGCAUUGGUUUAUUGUAAUAUAUUGACCAAAAUCACAUCAUUAAUCAUUAGCUUAUAGGAUAACUUUACCUAAAUUGCUACUAUUAGCUUCAUCUCUUCAUGGAUGGAAAAAGAUGGGUGGUAGGAAUGUUCUGACAUAAAAUAAGCAUGCAUUCAAAACCUCGAAUUAAGCAGCAAUAAAGAAGCUAUGACUGGACGAAACAUUGAAAUGUAGUCAACUCUUGUAGAAUAAAUCAUUCUUCCAGACAAUUGUAAUGAUGAUAGGUACAAUACAAAAUUUUUGCAAAUCUGAUCUCUAGCAAUGUUAUAUGUUUACAAAAAUUUAUUUUAAGGGGGGAAAAUUUUUUUUUUUCUUUCAUUGCAAUAUGUCUUUUUCAAAUGUUCAGAAAAAUGUUCAACCCUGUUUUUAUGCAGACUUAUGCUAAGCAGCAACUUUUUUAAAUUCAGAUUAUACAGUUUUUACAAUUUUAUAAGUUUUUGAAUAUUUUUCAGUAAUUAAGAUUUAUGGAUCCUACAGCUAAUUAUCUGUUGGAAAGCAGGGGAAGACAUUAGGAAGUUCACACUGACCAAUACACUUACUGCCUAAUAUUGCUUAGACCUUGUUUAAUGUUAAAUAGCAUGAUUUUAUUUAACAAUUGCUUGAUUUUAAAUACAGCACAGUACUGAUAGUACUUGUAGGCAAUACUGACAUGACUUGUUUGCAUACAUCAAAUCAAGGUCUUCUUUUAAACUCUUAGUAUUUUUUUGAAAUGGCAAAAGUAAAAUUUCGCUGUAUACCACAUAUGUUGUGUUAAUGUUUUGCUAUAUACAUACAUGUAUAUAUAUACAUCAAUCAGAAAUCCUAUCGCUGACAAUAGCUAUUGUGAUGCUAUCUUUAAAAAUGUUCAUCAUUUACAACUACGUGGAGGAGAAGAUUUCAGAUUUUAGUUUUUAAUUCACAGAUGCACAAAACAGUCUCGAUUCUCAAGAAAAUAUGGGUUCAUUUGAAAUGUUUUUAAAAACUAAUUCACUGAUAAUUUUCAAAAAAGUUAAACUUAAGUUCUUGCCCAUUGGCUAUUCUACCAAAAAAUGUAUUGCAAGCUACAUUGCUAAAUGAGUCACAUGUUUGACAUGAUUGAUGUUACUCUCCAUCCUUUAGAAAUUACUAACUCUUAAUAGGUAUUGCCCUAUUUAAUUCUUUCAUUUUGUUUUGUUUUUUCAUGUGGUAAAAGCUUGAAAUGAUUUGAUUUUAUUUGAAUACUAUUUUUUAAAAGAUACAAAAACAUUUCCGAUUUGUUCCUAACUCUUCAAGGAAAAUCUCAAUUAAUGUGUCAUGCAUAUUUAUUUUUCCCAAUAAGAUGUGUAUCUUUUUUUUUUUUUUCAUUAUAAAAAUCAUAUAUUUUAUUUAAGUACUCAGUACUUUUAUUCAUAUCUGUUAGAGCGGUGAUAUGAAGUGUGACUAGCUGAAAUUGGAUGAAUAUAGACUUUAAAUGGGGAAAUCAAUAAAUGAUAACAUU